AUGUCGCAUAAUGAGCGUUCUCCGCUUCUAGAAAAUAAUGAGGAGGAAGGUAUUGAUGAGCAUCAUCUUCUUGAGCUCUCUCAAGAUGAUCCAGAAAAUCCUUGGGCGUGGCCGAGACCUAAGAAGCUACUCAACGUAGCAAUCAUUGCUCUCAUGGCUAUUUUAAGUCCUCUAGCAAGCGCAAUGUUUACGCCAGGCAUCUCUGAGAUCGCAGACGAGUUUGACCCCCCCGAAACCGCUAUCAUUGCGGCAACGACCGGGUUCCUAGUGAUGCUAGGCCUAGGGCCUCUCAUACUGGCGCCUUUGUCUGAGACCUUCGGUCGAAGGCGACUAUAUCUUGUGUGCUUCACGAUAUUCUCACUCCUCCAAAUACCGACCGCUUUAGCUCCGAACAUUGCCUCCCUCAUCGCCCUCCGUACAGUUUCAGGAUUAUUCCGGGCCGUAGGGAUUGCUAAUGGCGGUGGUACUAUAAGUGAUAUGUUUGUGCCGCAAGAAAGAGCUGGAGUGUUUGGCCCGCUCUUCGGGGGUAUAACCGUUAUGAGACUGGGAUGGCGCUGGGUUUUCUGGAUCCUUGCCAUAGUCUGUAGCGUCAAUACUCUGGUGGGCAUUUUCUUCCUGCGAGAAACGUACGCACCAACUAUUCUUGCCGUUCGGAAAACCGAGCUCGAGACCGAAUCGAAGGACGCACAGUACCGUUGUGAGGGUGAAGACUCUCGGCCUUUACGAGGGAAGCUUGCGCGAUCCUGUCUUCGCCCUGUUCGCAUUUUCGUCCAGCUUAUCGUGGCAACCAUGGGUAUCUACCAAGCUCUGAUAUUUGCAACGACUUAUAGCAUCUACACGAAUAUGCAAGAUAUUUACUCGGGAUCGUCGAUUGACACAGUGUACAAGAGGCUUACUCGAGAAAAUGACGAUAAAGCGAGGCCAGAGUUUCGACUUCCACUAGCCAAUAUCGGUGCCGUUCUCAUUCCCGUAUCCCUCUUUGGGUUUGCUUGGACCGUCGAGGAGCGACACCUAGUCCAUUGGUUUGCUUCCAUCUCGAGCACAUUCUUUUACGGAAUCGGGCAAGUAAUGAUCCUCAACACGACGCAAAAUUACUACAUCGAUUCCUUCGAGAAAUACGCCGCUUCAGCUAUUGCCGCUGGCACAGUUGUAAAGUCAAUCACUGGCGGUGUUGUCCCGCUCUUUAUGCCGGCUCUGUUCGAAAAGCACGGCUACGGAUGGGGCAUCUCGGCGUUCGCGUUCGUUAGCCUCGUCCUGGCACCAGCUCCGUUGACUUUCUACGCUUUCGGGGCCCGAUUGAGAGAAAAGUUCUCUAUUGAGCUCUGAACUAUCUACUCGACAAACGUGAUGUACUAGUUCAAGGGUCUGGGCACAUAGAAGCCACGGCUUGGGUGCGCUUUCGCUGCUUGGAACCGCCAUCAAGAGUCGCCCUGUUAGGCAGCCAAAACUAGCUCAACCCAUACGCAUCAAGCUUUACAUCCUGUCCUGAUAUUUCAGACUCCGUAGGUGCACCUCAAGCAGUGAUGACAGAAUGUGUGCAGACAUUUGGUAGCGCACUGUGGCACAGUGUCGUAGGCAACGACUUCAAAAGCUCAGUAGCAUUGCGGUACUUCUGCGGGGUAUUGGACGAUGGUCAAAACGAU